AUGUUGAAACACACUAAAGAUCAGUGUUUUAAACUGGUCGGUUACCCCGAAUGGUGGAAUGAUGGCCACAAGAAAACUGGUGUCCCGACUGAGAAAGGGAAGGCGGCCAUGGGUUCCGGUACCGACGACAAUCAAAUGCAAGGGAGCUUUGGUGGUAUCGCCACAUCUGGUGUGAAAAGCGACGAAGGAGAUGACUUCAGGACUGGGUUGAUCAUUGGGCGUGGCACUGAACGACGGGGAUUAUACUAUGUGGAUGAGGUGACUCAACACGGUACUGUGAUGCUUGCUCAUGGAACACCAAAUAGAGAAGCAUGGCUAUGGCAUAGGAGGUUGGGGCAUCCAUCGACGGGCUACUUGCAUUUAUUAUUUCCUAAAAUUUUCCCUUCCAGUAACGUUUUAGUUUGUGAAACUUGUGUUCUUGCCAAAAGGCAUAGACAAACCUUUAAACUAAAUAACACUCGUGUGAAUUUACCUUUUUCUUUGAUUCAUUCUGAUGUUUGGGGGCCGGCAGAAGUUAACGGGGGGCAAGGUUUCUAUUUUUUUCUAUUGUUUGUGGAUGAUUGCACACGAAUGACUUGGGUAUAUUUCCUCAAACACAAAUCCAAAGUUUUUAAAUUUUUUACCAUGUUCCAUGCUAUGGUUUAA